AUGCCAUUUGUUUGCCUCAGAAAUCCAUCCGCGGCGUUGGAUUCACUGCGAGCUCCAACUCUCAAGAAGCACCAACCUCUCCGGGGAUUUCGACUGGUUCGGUACCCAGACAAAACCUCACAGCCUGUCAUGUCUGGCAACGACUCUGGGCCGCCGGCCAAACGGCAAAAGAACUCGAACAUGGCAAACACUUUCCGCGAUGCCAAACGGAAGGACAUUGACAACUGGGAGGCCAAUCGCAUGCUCACAUCUGGUGUCGCGCAAAGACGAGACUACGAUGACGAUUUUAUGCCCGAAGACGAUGAGGCGACCCGAGUUCACUUGCUCACCCAUGACCUCCGGCCCCCGUUCCUCGACGGCCGUACAAUCUUCACGAAGCAGCUGGAGCCUAUUUCCGCCAUCCGAGACCCUCAGAGUGAUAUGGCCGUCUUCAGCCGAAAGGGAAGCAAGGUCGUUCGCGAACGUCGACAGCAGCGAGAACGACAGAAGCAGGCCCAACAGGCGACAAAUAUGGCCGGUACCGCUCUGGGCAAUUUGAUGGGUGUUAAGGAGGACGAAGGCGAUACCGCUGUCGCGAUGCCGGUGGAAGAGGUCUACAAAGGUGGUGGGAACAAAUUUGCCAAACAUCUGAAAAAGGAUGAAGGAGGCGCGAGUUCGUUCAGCAAGAGCAAGACCAUGCGCGAGCAAAGAGAGUUUCUCCCUGCUUUUGCGGUGCGCGAGGACCUACUCCGAGUCAUUCGGGAUAACCAAGUUGUGGUGGUUGUUGGUGAAACGGGUUCUGGAAAGACUACCCAGUUAACCCAAUUCCUUCACGAAGAUGGUUACUCCAAACUUGGCAUGAUUGGUUGCACGCAACCUCGACGUGUGGCUGCGAUGAGUGUUGCGAAGCGUGUCAGCGAGGAAAUGGAAGUGGAUCUCGGCGAUGAGGUCGGAUAUGCCAUUCGUUUCGAAGAUUGCACUAGCGAUAAGACUGUGAUCAAAUAUAUGACGGACGGUGUUUUACUUCGAGAGUCCCUGGUUCAGACGGAUCUUGAUAAAUAUUCAUGCAUCAUCAUGGACGAGGCGCAUGAGAGAGCGCUGAACACCGAUGUUCUGAUGGGUCUUCUCAAAAAGGUCCUCGCUCGGCGAAGGGAUCUCAAAUUGAUUGUCACCUCGGCCACCAUGAAUGCAGAGCGCUUUUCACGCUUCUACGGCGGCGCGCCCGAAUUUAUCAUUCCUGGAAGAACUUUCCCGGUCGACCUUCACUUUUCUCGGACUCCUUGUGAAGAUUACGUGGAUAGCGCGGUCAAGCAGGUCUUGGCCAUUCACGUCUCACAGGGUCCGGGUGAUAUCCUCGUCUUCAUGACUGGACAAGAAGAUAUUGAGGCCACUUGCGAGCUUGUUGACGAGCGACUGAAGCUGCUGAACGAUCCACCAAAGCUCAGAAUUCUCCCUAUCUACAGUCAAAUGCCCGCCGAGCAACAGGCAAAGAUUUUUGAACGGGCAGAGACUGGUGUACGCAAGGUUAUCGUGGCGACCAACAUUGCGGAAACCAGUCUGACAGUCGACGGCAUUAUGUAUGUGGUCGACUCUGGCUAUUCCAAAUUGAAGGUCUACAAUCCACGCAUGGGUAUGGACACACUUCAGAUCACGCCGAUCUCUCAAGCCAACGCAAACCAGCGAUCUGGGCGUGCCGGACGAACUGGGCCUGGAAAGGCCUAUCGACUGUACACGGAACCUGCCUACAAGAACGAGCUCUACAUCCAGACAAUUCCCGAAAUCCAGCGAACAAGUCUUGCAAACACUGUACUUCUAUUGAAAUCCCUUGGAGUUAAAGAUCUACUCGACUUUGACUUCAUGGACCCUCCACCACAAGAGACAAUUUCCACAUCUCUUUUCGAACUGUGGUCUCUCGGUGCAUUGGACAACCUCGGUGAACUUACCCACCUGGGUCGGCAAAUGACACCGUUCCCUAUGGAUCCCCCGCUCGCCAAACUUCUGAUCACAGCAUCGGAAGAAUACGGUUGUAGCGAGGAGAUGCUGACUAUUGUCUCCAUGUUGUCCGUUCCCAAUGUCUUCUACCGCCCCAAGGAGCGCCAAGAAGAAUCUGACUCUGCUCGAGAGAAAUUCUGCGUCCCCGAAUCGGAUCACUUGACCCUUCUUCACGUUUACACACAGUGGAAGGCAAACGGGUAUUCCGAUGGCUGGUGCACCAGACAUUUCCUCCACUCAAAGACUCUCCGUCGCGCCAAGGAAGUCCGCGACCAGCUCCACGAUAUCAUGACCGUGCAGAAGAUGAAUCUCGUCAGCUGUGGUACCGACUGGGAUCUGAUUCGCAAAUGCAUCUGCUCUGGCUUCUACCAUCAAGCCGCGCGAGUGAAGGGCAUUGGCGAGUUCAUAAACCUUCGCACCAGUGUGACUAUGGCGCUACACCCCACCAGUGCUCUCUAUGGUCUUGGCUACGUGCCAGAAUACGUCGUCUACCACGAAUUGAUCUUGACAGCCAAGGAAUACAUGUCCACCGUGACAGCUGUGGAUCCUCAUUGGCUCGCCGAACUCGGAGGCGUCUUCUACUCCGUUAAAGAAAAAGGCUAUUCGAAACGAUACCGUCGCGUCACCGAAGUCGAAUUCAACAAGCGCAUGGAGAUCGAAUCCCAAAUGGAGGAGGAUCGCAAGCGCGCUGCAGCUGAGAAACUUCGUGAACAAGAGCGCAACGAUCCUAGCAGGCGCCGCCACAAGGAAAUCGAGGCAGGAGCUGGAUCUGCCGUUCGUCGGCCUGUUAUCAAGGGCAAAAAGAUCGGAGGUGUGUCUACCUCUUCAUCUACCCGGCCUGGUGUCGGGAGCGUGGUGAAGAAGCCGGUUGUCCCGCGUAGGGCAGGACGUCACUUUUAG